AUGCGAAUGUUUCAGGAAAAAGCACCAGCCCCAGCUCCAACUAGUCGGCUAGCUUCUCCUACAUUUAUUAUUGUACUGUGCCUGACUGUAGUUGCCGUUGUGAUGGUGUCUGUCAUAGUUGGUCUUUGCACGAUUAGGCACAGGCAAAUCGGACGACUCACUUCCAACUAUUCGGAGAGUAGUGCAGCACGGACAAAUGCGUAUGUAUCAGCUCAAGCAGCACAGAUGAACGUCAUCUAUGGGACUAUGGAACGAGAUAGGUAAGA